UGUGUACUACUCACUGGGAUGGGUUAAUUGCAGAGGUUACAUUUCGAGUAUGCGUUCCAUACUUGACCUGUCAGUUUUAUACAAAAUGCACUGCAUUCUUUUGAAUUAUUACAGCGGGUUACAAAAGCAACUUUGGCUAAAACACACGAUGUUCUGUGCAAUGCAUAUAAUGACCACGAGGGGACGGUAUCAGACUGAAUGAAUGGGUAAACUUCGUGAAAUUAUGGUUAAAAGUCCACUGAGACUCAGAGCUAAUGGUUUGUGAGGAGAUAAUGUAAAGUUUUCUUCAGUAUGUAGUGUAGUACAGAGCCUAAAGAUGACUGGAGAGAAAAGAGUUUCUCCUCUGAAGAACUUUGUGGCUGGAGGGGUUGGUGGUGUCUGUCUCCUAUUUGCUGGACACCCACUGGACACUAUUAAGGUCCGUCUACAAACACAACAUUCUGUUCUCUACAGAGGAACAUACGACUGCCUCCGAAAAACUCUGUCUAAAGAGGGAAUAUUUGGCUUAUAUAAAGGGAUGGGUGCUCCACUAGCUGGUGUGACCCCAAUGAUGGCGAUGAAUUUCUUUGGCUUUGGGCUUGGAAAAGACUUCCUGCAGAGUGACCCCACCAUCCCACUCACGUACACACAGAUCUACCUGUCAGGGAUGCUGGCUGGAGUCUUCACCACUGUGAUCGUGGCUCCGGGAGAAAGAAUCAAGUGUUUACUGCAGAUCCAGUCCUCAGCUGGUCAGAUCAAGUAUGCUGGACCUGUUGACUGUGUACUUAAAUUAUAUAAGCAACAGGGAAUAUGCAGUGUUUACAAGGGCACUGUACUGACUCUAAUCAGAGAUGUGCCUUCAAAUGGUUUAUACUUUCUAACCUACGAGUACCUUAAAAAAGCUCUGACCUCUGAAGGACAGAGUGUUUCUCACCUGAGCACAUGGAGAGUUCUCCUGGCAGGUGGGGUCGCUGGAGUUUUAAACUGGCUGGUUGCAUUGCCUGCAGAUGUACUGAAGUCAAAAUACCAAACAGCUGCUGAUGGACAUUACAAGGGUUUAGUAGAUGUGUUACGAACUCUCUUACGAAACGAAGGUCCAAGGGGUCUCUAUAAAGGACUGAGCGCUGUCAUGUUACGAGCAUUUCCCGCCAAUGCCGCCUGUUUUCUGGGUUAUGAGUUUACAUUGAAGUGUUUCAGCUUUAUUGCUCCACAUUACUAAUUUCCAGAUGGCAACUUAUGUGUUUAUUGGUGUUUUAGUUCAGAAUGGUUUUCUAUGGAUGUGACUUUAAUCUUUCUAUGUAUAACUCAACACAAGGUGACAGAAUUAUGUGUCAAAACAUUAAUAUACAAAGGAUGUAAUUGUAAAAAAAGGUUUGCAAUAACGUCUGUUACUUUUUAAGAAGUUACCUUAACUCAGUGGUUCUCAAACUUGGGGAGGGAAGGUGAGAUGGUGUCAUGGGGACCCAAUAUAUAUGGUGUAAUUAUACCUCAGAAAAUUAAAGCUACUAACCAACAGCACUACAUUGUAUCAUUUUCAAAGUUUGAGAUUGUUUUAUGUCAUGAUUUUUUGGGGGGGGCAAAGGGAUGCACCCUGCACAAGUGGGGGGGGGGCACACCAAAAAGUUUGAGAAUCACUGCUUUAACUAGUGAUAAUUGAAAAAUCAUGUGUUAUAAUAUAAGAUGGAAAUUCCAUGCUGCUAUUAUUGCACCAGUGACAAAACAAAGAGCAACUGAUGGAUGAUUUGCUUUAAUUUAAAUAUUUAUCUGUCUCCAAUACAGUUAUUGUAGUUACGGCAAACCUGUUGUUUAAAGGUUUAAAGCAAUUCCAUACAAACUGAUGGGAAACUAUAGGAUUUAUUCAAAUAAUGUUACAGGGAUAGUUCACCCAAAAAUGAAAAUUCUGUCAUCAUUUACUCACUCUCACGUUGUUACAAACCUGUAUAAAUGUCUUUGUUCUG